AUGAGCUCUUCACUAUUGCGCGCGCGUCGUCUGGGCCAUCGACUGGCUGCCACUCGCCGUGGCUUCCACACCAGCGCGGUGACUGCGUUCCCCGAGAUCCCAUUCAAGCUUGCGGACAUUGGCGAGGGUAUCGCUGAGGUUGAAGUGCUACAGUGGUUCGUCAAAAGCGGCGAUGAGGUCAAGCAGUUCCAGAAUGUGUGCGAAGUCCAGAGCGACAAAGCCACAGUGGAGAUCACCAGUCGCUACGACGGUAUCGUCACAAAGGUGCAUUAUGAAGUGGGAGAAAUGGCCAAAGUGGGCUCCACGCUCAUCGACAUUGACGUGGAUGAGGCCACGGCUGCGGCUACGCAAGGCGGCGGCAAGAAGAAGGGAGCUCCGAUCCCUCGCAGGACACCCACACCCGUUGCCACGGAGCCUGUGGCUGCUCCUGCUCCUACGGCUCCAAUUCCUGAGCCUGUUGCUGCUCCGACGCCUGUCGUGUCGAGGGUUCCCAUUGCUCCUCGCAGACUUGAAGGAGAGGAGAAGUUGCUGACGUCCCCGUCGGUGCGGCGAUUAGCUAAGGAGCACAACAUCGACUUGCACGACGUGGAAGGCACUGGACCGCAAGGUCGAAUCCUUAAGGGAGACCUGCUGGAGUACAUCCGAAUGCUGGCAACACAGCCGUCCACUCCUGCUCCUCCUGCUGGUCAGAGUACUGCUACCGCGCAGCCUCCUGCAGUGGAUGGGUCCAACACCACGUACUUGCAACAAGACACGGUGGUGCCGUUAACGCCUAUCCAGAAGAUGAUGGUUAAGUCCAUGAACGCGGCACUGCAGAUCCCGCACUUCGGAUACGCAGAUGAGAUUCGGAUGGACGCGCUGUAUGAGUUGCGGAAGGAAUUGAAGCCGCUCGCUGAGUCUCGUGGAGUGAAGCUUUCGUUUAUGCCUUUCAUCAUUAAGGCUGCGUCGUUGGCUUUGAAACACUAUCCGAUGCUGAAUGCGACCGUGAACGAAAGCGAGACUGAGCUCACGUUGGUCGCUGCACACAACAUUUCGGUGGCGAUGGACACGCCAACGGGUCUGAUUGUACCAAACGUUAAGAACGUCCAGGCGAAGAGCAUCAUGGAGAUUGCUGAAGACCUUAACCGGCUACAGCAACUCGCCGUUGCUGGAAAGUUGGCGCCUAGCGACCUAACUGGGGGCACAUUCUCUUAUUUGUGA